AUGAAGCUGCGUUAUUUCGCUUUACUUUCUAUUGCAUCGAUUGUUGUCAACGCAGACGUGUCGGCAAGAGCAGCCUCGUUCAAUUUAACUCAAACCUGGACUCCAUCUUUCCCUACUUCUUCUAUCACAACCGAUGCUUUUAGUUACAUUAGAUCCAACUGGUAUACCUCAGGCGCUUAUGCGCCAGAUGACAUUAACUUCGUCAAAGAUCCUAUAGAUACCAAUUCUACAUCCAUGGUCCUCAAAGUGAAUUAUCCUGCAGGCUCUUAUGCCCCUGUGGCCACCAAAAAUGGAAGUGGAGGUAUUAAAGGUGGAGCUGAGUUCUUUUCGACACCCAACGGUAAUAAUCAAUACAACACAGCAUUAUUAAGCUAUGAUGUUGCAUUCGAUUCCACUUUCAACUGGGUCAAGGGUGGAAAGCUGCCUGGGCUCUUUGGUGGCCUGCCUGCCGGAAAGGGCUGCUCUGGAGGCGAGAAGGCAAAUGGUGAUAAUUGUUUUUCCAUCCGCUUGAUGUGGAGAGAAGGAGGCAAGCUAUGCAUAAGCGCUGGAGAAGCAUACGCUUAUAUACCCACAUCGGAUUCACUUUGCCAAUCGAAACAAGUCGUAUGUAAUAGCGAUUAUGGCACCUCCUUCUCUCGAGGCAUUAUCCGUUUUUCCAACAUGAAAUGGACUCAUAUUGAUAUCUAUGUUAAACUCAAUUCAGGAUCAAAUACAAAUGGUAUUCUCGAAGUCUGGCAGGAUGGCUCGCUUAUGAUCAAUCAACAGCAUAUCCAGUUCCGCUCAAAUGAAAAUCUUGGUAUAUCCAGUUUUAUGUUUAGUACCUUCUUUGGCGGUUCAACACGCAACUAUGCUACACCUGUCGAUACCUCGACAUAUUUCAGAAACAUUGAAUUUAGUACUGGUAAUACUCCAGAUCCUGUUGGAGGUAAUACUGCUGCUUCAUUACAUGUCUCUUCAUUAUCAUACGCUGUCAUUGUAUUGGUGGCUCUUUAUCAGAUUUUCAUAUAG